ACUUCCCACUGGGCGGCUGUUUGAGACCGAGCACCAAACAAAAACGGGGGCAAAAAAAGAUGUAAUGGUUCGCUGACGAAUUCGGAAGACGUGGACAUCGCUAUAUAAGGCAGCGCCGUCUUAGGGGUCCGAGAAACGUGGAUGCACUCACGUGCUACCCUCGACCACUGCUUUUAACUGGCUCGCUUUCCUCCACAUCUGAAUAUCUACCGAAUGCCUCCGCGACGGAUUUAUUUCGUAUGACACGGCCAAGGCCAGCACAACGUUAAGCCGCUGGCUGAAGGCCGACUGAUUCAUGACCCAUCGCUCACACCAUUGGGCAUUACCCGCUUCCACGACUUCAACCACGAUUUCCCGUCUACUACAACAUUGACUUGGGUUAUGCGAGUCCAAUGCGAUGCGCGAUCCAAACUGCGCAGUACUGCUUCGAAAACGUGCUCCCAAAGACAGAUAGCCGCCGGGUUUUCUUGCUACCAGAUGCACAAGAAAUUACGGACCUGCCUUGCGACAUUGGCAGUGCUCCAGCCGCCAUCACCCACGAGUUUGGGGAGCUUGUCGACACCAGAAUGGUGGCGGAGGAUUGGACCAGCAAAAAAGGCAAAUAUGGAACAGACCCAGAAAGUUUGCAGGAAUGGGCGCGCCGGCUGCGGCGAUGGUUACGGGACCAGCCAGAAGCGGAGAUCGUCGUGGUUUCCCAAGCGGGCUUUCUUGAGUAUGUGACCGGCUCGAACCUCGACGACAAUGGUGAAUUACGAGACUUCGUCUCGGGUUGGAAGCAGUUUUUACACUUCUCAAGAAGAUAACCCUGUGGAGGCGACACUUGUGGAAGAGAUACAAUCGAUUGCACAUCGCGAAGUCCUGAAGUGAUCAAGGAAGCGCCUAGAGAAAGUCACGUAGAAUGCAGUCCCUUGCAGCGAUGCAUCGAGCAGGCCGGCCAUUGCAAAAUGUUUCUUCCUUAGGACAGUAGUCUCGAGACCACUUCUUGUCGAGUCCAAUCGCUCUAUCGCCAGAUUAGAACCGAUGCGACUAGUAAAGGAAUGAUAGCCUCCGGCACGAUUAGCGAACGUUCUGGGCCAGCCAUCUAAGCGGUGCCCUUGAAAGCGACCGCCAGCCUUGUCGCUCUGAC